AGGGGGAGUGACCGGUGUGGAACACCAUAUGAUGAUGGCUACCUUCCGGAAAAGGAAGACGGCCGUAUAGCAGUUGAGGAGCGAUGAGAGAGAGAAGAAGAAGAAGAAGAAGAAAUAGGACUCAUCCAUGCUCUCACCACCAUUCUCCUCUGUGACAAAAGCAUGGGAGAGAAGUGUGGCGAGGGGAGAAUCGAGGACCAAUCGUUAACCGGUGCCAAGCGAUGCUAGGCGGGGUCAUACGUUGCAGAGAGUGGCGUUGCAGCCGAAGAGGGGCUCGGUAGGAUGAAAAAGCCGAAGAGAGGCUUCAAACCUCUUAAAGAGUAGGUGGCCGAGUAGUACUAAUUUCGAAGAGGGUGGCGCGGGGCUCUCCUUUUGCGUUUGCACUUCACUUCUUUCUGGUUUCGUUUAAUGGCAGCUCCACUGAGUUAGCAUCGGCUUUUAAAUGUGCGCCCGCCCCACCCUCUCUCUUUUUCUAUCUGGUGCUUGUUUCUUUGCAGUGGUGUGUUGCUGCUAUAAGCGGAGAAGCCAAGGGGUGGCAUUACUCCAAUCGAUAAGUUCAAUCAUGGACGCCAACGAGGCGACGAGGAUGGUGUUCUCCAAGAUACAGAAUCUGGACCCGGAGAACGCCCCCAGGAUUAUGGGCCUUCUCUUGCUGCAGGAUGACGCCGAGAAGGAGGUCAUUCGCUUGGCCUUCGGCCACGAAGCCCUCCUCCACGCCGUGGUGGUGAAGGCCAAGGAGGAGCUUGGCCUCGCUCCGCCACCCUCUGCCGGCGGCUCCGCAGCUCCCCCCUACCUCCUCCGUCUGAACUCCGCCGAGCGCCUGCUCGCCGUCUCGUCCCCUUCCUCGGGGGCCCCGAACUCUGUGUUCUCCCGCUCCGGCAGCAGUCUCGGUGACAUUGGUUUGGAUGGAUCGAUGGAGCAACUCCAGAACUCCGACGAGCUCAUAAGCCCCAGCAAUUUCAGCUCGUCCCCAUUCCAUGGCAGCGGCGGCGACCACGUUCCGGACCAGCUAUCCUUCCUCGGCGGCCCCGCCGCGGCCCCUAAUUCCAGGUCAUCGAAGCCCAGCAGCGGCGGCGACGUGAUCCACCCGGGCGUCGGGUGCUGGAGCCCGCGAGGGAACGGUGACGGUUCGCUCUUCCCUUAUGGGUUGGGAUGGGGACUCGACGGCUACCAGCAUCAGCGGAGCUGCUCCGCCGAUGACGACCUCUUCCUCGGUGCCGCCCCCACACUGGAGUUCGGUUGGGAUCCGUGCCUCUACUUCGCGAGAGGCUACUGCGAAAACGGGACAGCGUGUCGGUUCCUCCACGGGCUACCGGAGGAGGCCGCGGCGACCGCUGUCACCGGCGCCAAGUUGGAUGCGGUGAUGCAGCAGCGCCAGGAGCUUCUAAUGAGAUCAAAAAGCCAGAGGAUGGGCGGCGCUUCGCAUCUCAUGGCCGCCGGGUUCCCAUACUCGCCGACGGGUUCGGUGCGGACUUCUCCGUCAUCCACCUCGAGCAAAUUCCUGAGCUUCUUGCUUCAGCAGCAACAAAACGAGAGCCAAAGGGCGGCAGCUGCGGCGGCGCUGAUGCUGGGCGGGGACGAGGCAAAUAAGUUGAUGGGCGGAUCAAGAAUAGAAAGAAGCGAUUUGCUGGGAAAUCAUGGUUCCAGGCAGAUCUACUUGACCUUCCCCGCUGACAGCACGUUUCGGGAAGAGGACGUGUCCAACUACUUCAGCAUCUACGGGCCAGUGCAAGACGUGAGGAUCCCCUACCAGCAGAAGAGGAUGUUCGGCUUCGUGACCUUCGUCUACCCGGAGACCGUGAGGCUGAUCUUGGCUAAGGGAAACCCACACUUCGUCUGCGAUUCCCGGGUUCUCGUCAAGCCAUAUAAGGAGAAGGCAAAACUCGUCCCCGACAAGUACAACAGGAAGCAGCAGCAGCAGCAGCAGCAGCAGGCUGAGAGGUGUACGACUUCUGCAGCCCUGGAUGCUAGAGAAGCCUAUGACCUUCACCAGCUUGGUGCAAAGAUGUUGUACAGCAGCACCAGCGAGGAGCUGCUGUGGAGAAGAAAGCUAGAAGAGCAGCAGCAAGCAGCGGAGCUGCAGCGGGCCAUUGAGCUACAGGGGAGGCGAUUCAUGGGCCUCCAAAUCCUUGACCUCAACAACCAAAGCUUCCCCACCUCAGCCACAUCAUCCUCCAUCGACUCCCCCAUCAUCACCUCCGCUCAACCAAUCAGUAAUCUGGACAGAAGCAGUAGUCGGGUAGCGUCGCCAACCGAGGCUGAGAGCCUCAGCAUUGCAGAACCUGACGAGAAGGUUAAUAGCUCCCCUGGAUCUUUACUCAAGCAGCAGCACGAAUCUGCCGAUGAAGAUGGUGACUCCCGUGGGAGGGCGGAUCCUAACUUGCCCGACAGCCCAUUUGCUUCACCCACCAAAUCUUCCUCCAUGCUCGACUCGUUCUCCACCGGCGAAGACAUGACUACUUGCUGCAUCGCAAACAAUGGCAGCAGCGGCAACAACAGCUUCUUCACUUGACGUCCCCACCUCCGGUUCAUACUUCUUCCAAACGCCGAGGUAAAAAAGCACCCCACCCGUCACUGAAAAAAGAAGCUUAGGGGACAUAAUGAGCCAAGUCAAAAGCAAAGUGACACGCAGGGCAGGGUGAAGUGGAUUCCAUGGAUGGCCCAAAAGUCUAUGGUUUCUUCUUUCUUUUCUUCUUAUAGUUUUCCAGUGUAAGCUUUACAGGAAAACCUUCCCUUGCCAUCGCUGAUUUCGCCUGUACACCGGUUGCCAUGACAUCGUAUCAGUAAGGAAUACGAACCAUGGGAAUGCAGCUGGAACAAUGGGGACUACGGCUCAAUAUAACUGGAAGUUCAAUGUCAUGCAGGUCCAUUUCCACCAACAUCAACACCAAUAUAUCUGCAGAUGUUGAAGCUAUCGCUACGUCAAGACAGAAAGCCGGAACUGGUUUUGUCAUGCAGGUCCAUUUCCACCAACAUCAACACCAAUGUCAUGUUUUGAUAUAGACACACCCAAAACAUCAAGACAGAAAGCCGGAACUGGUUUCUAGGGGGGAAAAUAGAAAGCAGGAGAGGUGAAGGACAUGAAGAGACAGAAGAAAGAGAUGAGAGCGGGUACAUGCGUCAUGCAGGUUCCUCUUCUGCCGCCGAUGGUCUCUCUUUUUCUUUGAUAUAGACAGCGACAGAUCCACCACAAGUUACGAAUAACCUAUAGAUUACUUUUCUCCUUGUGGUGACGUUUGUUAGUCACCAGUACUAGUUUUACAAACUGAUGGCAACUGAAAUGAGAAACUCUUAUCGAA